AUGACUUCUUGCCUCUUCGAAGGCGACGACCUGCACGAUGACAUCAGAUUUGGGAACGUGUUGACCGGUUCGUCACCGAGAAACUCGAAUCCGACGACUACCACAGCUGUGAUUAUCUGGAGGAAGAUGAGCACAGUCAGAACGCGAUGACAAGCUCGGCACCGCUUUUGGAUGGUAAGGUUUCCGCACUCGCUUGCCAUCAAAAGACGCUGUCAUGCCCAAGCUGAUACUACCCCUUCAGUCUUGGAGGUCUUCAAUGAGGAUAGCACAAACGCGAGAUCCCAGGCAGGGCCAGGGACUUGUGCGCCUGAUCUUCAUGCGCCACAAGGAGAACGCCGAUCGCGCGGAAUUUUCCUCGUACCGGCCCAUCACCCUGCGCGAGUGCGACUACAAGCUCUUCACCAAGGUCUAAGCCGCGCGACUGAACCACACCCAACCGUGCUGCUCCCACCACAACAACACGGCUUCGUCAAGGGCCGCCGAUCGGCGGCGUUCCACCUUCGGCUCUUGAUCGACGAGCUCGGCGCGCGCGGUACUGAAUUCCCCGACGCCGCGCUCCUGUCUCUUGGCCAAUCGUCGGCCUACGACCUCGUCGAGCAUGACUGGGUUUUCGCCAUCUUCGACGCUCUGGGCGCUCUUUCUGCCCUUCUUCGCAUGCUGAGGAUGCUCUACUCGGGUGAUUCGACCUCAGCUCGCUACAUCAUCAACGGGUUCCUGACGCCUCCGGUGCGACUGACGCGUGGGCUAGGCCAAGGGAUCGGGCGUCGUCGUCGGUGUGGGAUGUCGUGUUCCAGCCGUCCUGGAUGCCCUGCACCGUUGUAACAUUGCGCCGGAUCUCUCGAUACCAGCCAUCCACCCUUACCUACAGAGAUGCGCCAUUACAUCACUUCCAUUUGCCGAUGACGUUGUCGUCGCCGUCGCGGGCUUGAGUCACUCAACUUGCUCGAUGACCUGGCGCUCGACUGGAGGCAUGCAACGAAUGGCCGGCUCAACACGGACAAGACGGUCGUCCUACCGAUUGGACGUCGCUGGGACCCUGGGGAACGGUCAAUCGUCGUCAAGGACGCAGGCGAGUCGCUCGAGUGGAUCGGCCUCCCCUUCGACCCCAGCGGCGACACCGAACUCGCUUACGCGAAUCUCAUCGAACGGCUCGAGGCGACGCUAGAAGCGGUUCAGCAUCGCUGGCUCACGCACCACACCGUGCCUUUGACGUCAAUCGGUACGCCAUUCCCCAGAUCUUACAUUUCCUUGCAGCCGACAACCCGCCCGAAGUCGUCAAGAAGCUCGACCGCAUGCUCGCCGAUUUCGUCCGUGGGGGCAAGGGCAGGACCAGCUACGGCAGAGACAUUGUGUUCACCGCCAAGAACAAGGGGGGACUCGGGGUGAUAAGGAUGCGGGACGUUGUGGACGCGGUUGCGGCACGGCUCUGGGACGUUCUUCUCGGCGGUUCCGGCGCGAUUUGGCAAGGACUUGCGCGCGCAGCACUCCAGCGAGCUGAGCCCGACCUCGACCUGGCCACCGAUCUCUGGCCACAUCCAUCCACUCCCAUCCCCAACGACCUUCAUCCCCGAUGGCACGCCGCACUGGGCGUUCCGAAACUUCACGACGCGCAGGUCAACCCGAGGGCCUUGACCACCGCGAACCUGCUCGCGCUGCCCACCCUGCUCGGCAGCCUCCACACCCCCAUCAGAGGGAGACAGACCAUCGACGCGGUUCAUGUACCUGACUACCUUCGUCUCCAGGGCUACCCGAAGGUGGCGGAUCUCUAUCGGCGCGAGUUGUAUGCGGGUGGGGGGUUUCACCUCUGGACGCCGCCGGCGGAUGUGCUCGGCGACAACAGUGAGUACGAUCGACGCGGGCUCCCGCAGCGACUGGCAAUCGCGGCCUGGUACCGGUUCACUGUCGAUCGACACAAUCACACCCCCUUGGCGGCGGCGGUGGCGGCGGGACGACUCAACGUGCCUCCCCGGAUCGGCACCAGCGCACCGCUCGAGGCGAUCAUCCCCAAGCCCGUGGCCCGCUUCGCAAUGGAGCAGCGCCUUCCGGACCCGGUGCUUCCACAAUAGGCGAGCCAGUAUACGCUGCUGAACACGGCUCGACCCUACACAAUCCGUCGCAUCCGCCGGUUCCUGAACGCGAAGGCUUUUACCAACACGCUCGGGCUCAAGGGACCACCGCAGCCAGACGAUCUCAGGAGCUUCUGGAAGGCGGUCGACUCGAAGGCACUGACAGCGAGGGAAAGGGAAGUUUGGUUCAAGCUGAUUCUCCGCUUCACCCCGACGCGCAAGCUCCAGCACGAGCAAAAGCACGACACUUCUCCCGCGUGCCUCGUCUGCGAAGCGCCGGUGGACGACACCGAUCACUACUUCUUCGGCUGCGUCGACUCGCGGAACGUCUGGACCGCGGCAAGGGGCGUGCUCUACGACGCGCUCGGAUGCGACACGAUCGAGGACGCCGAGUACACGACACUGCAACGACUCUUUGGCCUCCCCAAGCUCAAGGCCAAACUCAGCGAACAGGAAGGCGCAGGCAGGACGAUCGAGAUCUUCACGGGGAUGGUCUUGGAGAUGAUCAGCAGUGGGAGAUGGAGGAUGCAGAAGCACGGGACGAGGAUGGAAAGCCUGGAGCGGAGGAGGGUGGUACUGGAGGAGAGGAUGAAGUUGAUGUCAAUAUAUUGCUGUUUCAUCCCACUGGUAUUCCCGAUUAUGAUUAGUUACUAGUUGUUGAUAUUAGUCGCCCCGCGCGUCUCGAGCCUGCCUCGCGCGCGCUCCCUUAGCGCUUAUCUUCUUCCUCCAACUAUCUUUACUAUCUUCAUCGGCUCUCGUACUUACGCACUUCGUGCCUCGGCCUCAGUUCCUGAAAGGUUAUGAGCCCACCUAGCCUAUCAGCGGCGGGCGACCUCGACGUCCACGGUGACAUGGCAUCAACGCCUCCACCACCGUCAUCAACGUCGUACCAUACCAACGACGUCGCCUCCACUACCUCCGUCACGCUCACUAAAGAGCAAUUCGACGAGCUGAUCAGGAACCAGCGCCCCGCACGGGACGACGACGCAUUCUCCAUGCGUCAGCGCCUACCCCCAGCCAACCCUCCGGUCUUCCCCGACGACUCGAAACUUACGGAGGACAAUUACGUUGACUGGGUCCCCACGAUGCCGCCAUGCCCGCCCUCUUGGGCUGGAUUCAACGCUCGGACGAAUCGAGCGACGGUCCCCGUUGCGAAGGCGGUCGUACCGACCAAACGCUCUGCACCAGGCAAGAAGGGAAAAUGGGAUCGUUCUGGUCCUGCCCCGAGCAACUGCCCAGCUUGUGGUCAAGGCAAACACUGGCUCGACAAGUGUCCGGAAUCGCGCAAGCGAGCCAAGUACCUCGAGCUCAAGAACGCCAUGAAGGAACUCCAAGGCUCAUCAUCGCCUGCGUCCACGUUCGUGGCCACCGAGGCAGCAUCCAAGGAUCAACACCUGUCCGUCGUUUCUUCUGCUACGUUUGUCAACAUCGGGCCACCGGCGGAAAUCCUUCUGCUAGACUCGGCGUCGGCGUGCCACGUCGUCAACGAUGCGUCCUUCUUUGACGGCCCCCUUUCGCCUACCCCGCAAGUCCUGCAAGGUCUAGGGGGAACGGUGAAGGCCUCGGGAAUCGGCUCGGUCAAGCUCGUCUCCGAUAAUGGUACCAGGUUCACCCUCAACGACGUGAUCUACGCCCCCGAGAGCCCUGCCAACCUCAUCUCAGUCCGGGCCUUCGACCGCAAAGGCGUUCGCAUCACCUUCGAACACGGACAAGUCGAGCUCCGCACGCCGCAAGGGUGCAUCGCCACAGCAUCAGCCAUCGCGUCCUGCGUUUACAAACUCAACGCUUCGGUCCAAGCUGCCAGCAAAGAUGCGCGACACACGCUCGUUGCCACCAAGUCCAAUAGGCUACCUUUACUUACCCUUCACCGGCGCUACGGCCACGCCUCUGUCCAGACACUUAAAAAACUGGCGGCCUCUGGCCAGGUGGAGGGUUUAGAUUGGCCCUAUAGUGACUUCGAGUGUGAUGGCUUCACCUGCAACGCGUGCCUUGCCUCCAAAGCGCAUCGUUUGCCUUUCCCCUCUUCGUCGUCGCAUGCCGCGGAACCACUCGCAUUGGUGCACUCGGACGUCUUAUCUUUCCCCGAGGAAUCCUUAGGCCAUAAGCGAUACCUCGUCACGUUCAUCGACGACUUCUCGAGGAAGACUUGGGUUUACCCCAUCGGGCACAAGAGCGAGGUCCUUCAGACAUUCAAGGAUUGGCUUCUGGAGAUCGAAAACGCCACGGGUCGCAGGGUCAAAACACUUCGCUCGGACAACGGGGGCGAGUAUGUCUCUACCGCUUUCAACGGCUAUUGCGUGGCCCGCGGAAUUCAUCGCGAAUUGACCAUACCGUACACACCCGAGCAAAACGGUCGGGCUGAGCGAGCCAACCGGUCGAUCGUCGAGGGCACCUUGGCUCUACUGUCUCACUCGGGACUCCCACGAUCGUGCUGGGACGAGGCUGCCAUGUGUUACAUUCACGCCAAGAACCUCUCGCCUCACGCGGCCCUUGGUGGAGCCAUCCCAAACAGUCGUUGGUCGGGCCACACACCAAGUGUAGGGGGUCUUCGGGCAUUCGGUUGUCGCGCUUGGACCACCGUGCCGGCUCACCGACGGGACAAGUUCGACCCAAAAGGGAUUCCUCUGGUCUUCGUCGGGUACGAUCGACACGCGAAAGCCUACCGUCUUCUUGAUCCUUCCUCCAUGCGUGUGAGUCUGGGCCGCAAUGUGACGUUCGUAGAAACCGAGUUCCCCUUCGCUAUCGCGCCCACCCGAGUGACGCAGCCGUCCAUCCCGGGUUACGCCCCCCAGCCCCCACCCGUCGAAGCUCCAACACCCGUCGAGCCUCCCCCACGGCCACCGGCCCCAACGCCUGUCGAGGCACCCGCGUCGCCCGCAUCGACCAGCUCGGCCGACAACGACGACGCCUCAUCGACCACGAGCGCAACGACGGAGUCAGCCGUGAACCUGCCGCAACCACCUCCGGAUCCAGCUCCACUCGCCAAAGUCAAGCCGAGUUGGGAGUACGGCGACGUCGCCAAGGUUGGUCCCGAUCCAGGGAAGUACGGUGAAGUCGACGCUCGAAACAUCAUUGAUGGCCCCCGGACUCGCCGCCAACCCGUUCCCACCAUGAUCACGCGGGAACAGCCAGUCGACGGCACCGACGGACCCACCGCCUCUUUCAAGAGCCUGCUCCUUGCCUUCGCAUCCACCAAGGCCGGCUUCGCAGAUCAUGACUUGUCGGUUGUUCGCGAUCCGGCAAAUUGGGGCGACGUCAUCCGAUCGGGACAAGAGGACGUUUGGGGCGCUCCGGCACAGGAUGAAUUCGAUUCGCUUCUGAACGAUUACGAGGUCUUUCAAAUCGUCGAAUCCUGUGAGCUCCCAGCGGGUGAGAUCCUCCUGCGGUCGGGCUGGGUGUUCCGGACUAAACGCAACCAGCAUGGCGACAUCACCGAUCACAAGGCCCGACUUGUUGCUCACGGAUGUGCCCAACGCCCUGGCCUUGACUUCGAGAAGACCUACGCCCCUGUCGUCAAAUUCACGUCCAUUCGAGCUCUCAUCGCACUCGCCGCGGCCAACGGCUAUCACGUCCAUCAGGCCGACGUCAACAAGGCGUAUUUACACGGCAAACUUGACAAGCCUCUCUACAUGCGCGUCCCUCAGGGCAUAAACCUGCCAGGCAAGAUCCUCAAGCUGUCCAAAUCCAUCUACGGCCUUCGCCAGGCCGGCACCAUCUGGAACGCUGAGAUCGACUCGACUCUGCGGUCCCUCGGAUACGUCCCCACCAGGUCUGACAUCUGUAUCUACCGCCGCGAACACGACGGGCACUCACACUAUAUUGCCUUGUACGUCGACGACUUGCUUUUGGUUGGUCCCUCUACCGCCGAAAUCGAGCGGGUGCUGGACGCGCUGGAACUCGCAUACGGCAUCAAACGUCUCGGACCUGCCGAAUAUAUUCUAGGCAUCCAAGUCAAACGUGGACAAGACGGUUCUAUCACACUCUCACAAGAGCGCUACCUUCGGGACAUCCUUGCCAGGUUCCAAUUCACCGAUGCCAAGCCGGCAAGUAUUCCAAUGCAGCCAGGUGUCGUCCUUGACUUCGAGGACUUGGCGGCCACUCCUCAGGAUCGUACGCGCUACUUGCAGGCCAUCGGUUCGUUGAUGUACGCCGCAGUUGGAACUCGUCCGGACCUCGCCUUCGUGGUCAGCUACCUCGCUCGCUUCUCCCAGCAGCCUGGCCCGGAGCAUUGGACAGCCAUCAAGCAGGUCCUUUUAUUUUUUGUAGAAAACGUUCAUCAUAUUGCCCCCAAUUCCUGUUCCCCCUGUUUCGGCCUACGGAAAAACUAG